CUCACCCUCUGCUCAUCAUCUGACCCAUGCAAUCUAACCUAAACUAUGGAACCAGAGACAUCGGCACAGUCCAGCCCCUGUCUUGAUGAAGAUCAUCCUUGGCCACUGGACUUUGAUGAAAUAAAUACAGGGUUUUGUGACCAAAGUGUAACUUACUCAGAUGUCAAAGCUUAUAGACCUUCAAAUGUUGAGAAGAGAAAAACAACCAGGAAUUUGAAGACAAAUGAGACUACAUGGUGCCUUGUUGCAAUGUUAUUUGUCUUCAUUUAUUUAAUUUUUCUGGUAUUAGCUGCGGUGAUGACAGCUAAGGCUCGUUGUCUGGAAGAGGUUCUGAUAUCAUAUGAAAACGAAACUGCACAUUGCAAAGUCAUAUAGCAAAGCAGAGAAAGGAACAAAUAAGAAAAAGAACUUUCAAGAAUAAAAUAUCAUAACAGCAGCUCAUGAGGAGUGACAUUUUCAGGCUAAUUAUUCUUUGGAAUUUUGAAGACAAAAGGCCUCGUAGAAGGGAUUCUCCCCCUAGUAGACUCUAGCGAACCUAAAGAACACAGGUGUCCUUCAUUUUUUAUUCUCCUCUAAUAUGCGGUUGUUGCCUUUACAUCGUGUCUCCUUUUGCCCUGCCUUCAAGUUGUUACUGCCUUUAAUAAAGACUUCAAUCGA